AUGUGCUUUGAAGCACUUGAUCAGACGCUCAGAGAUCUUACGUUAGUUACCAAUCAACAUAAGAUACAUCAACCAUUUGGUGGUAAGAUUGUGGUUCUAGGAGAUGAUUUCAGACAGAUACUUCUAGUGAUUUUGAAAGAGAGUAGACACGAUAUAUUGUCAUCAACUAUUAACUCAUUCCAUAUGUGGUCAUUCUGUAAGGUUUUGAAGCUUCAUAUGAAUAUGAGGCUUCUAAUGUCUUCUUCAGAUCAACAUGAUGGCGAAAUAAAGAGAUUUGCUAAUUGGAUACUUGAUGUUGGAAAUAAAAAUAUUAGUUCUGUUGUUGGUGAUAAGUCAGAAGUUGAAAUUACAGAUGAUCUAUUGAUUAUAACUACUGAUGACCCUCUCUCUCAUUUGGUAUACUUUGCACAUUCAAAUUUCUUGCAAAACAUGUCAGAUUACAUGUAUUUUCAGAGUAGGAUAAUUCUUGCAUCCACGCUUGAAAGUGUCGAGAAGGUAAACGAUUUCAUCUUGACAAUCUUUUCAGGGAUGGAAAAGGAGUAUCUAAGUUAUGACACAACAUGUCAAGUUGAUGAGAAUAAAGAUGUACAACAAGAAUUGUUCACACUAGAGUUCCUAAAUGACAUCAAAUAUUCGGGACUACCCAAUCACAGGUUGACUUUGAGGCUAGGAGUCGCUAUAAUGCUACUGUGA